AUGCUCAUAGUGCUGAUCAGUGGUCCUGCCAGAGGUUGUGGUACUACACGAAAGGUCGCGGAAUUUCAUGAAAUGACCACCUCGGCAGCUCUAUUACUACUUUAUCGCUUUCUGUUUCUCACUGACUUUGCCACACGAGGUUUUAGGCGCUCGGUUCUUAUCUUCGCCUCGCAUCCACAGCCUUACUCACAACACCCGACUGCACUCCCCCCACUUCCCUCGUAG